AUGCCCGAAUCUACUUUCUUGAAUAAAGACUACCAAUCAAACCAUUAUCACAACGUUCGUCCAACUUACCCCUCGUCUCUAGUCGAAGCCAUUUUAAGUUAUCACACAGGUGAAAGGGAUACUGUAAUCGAUAUUGGAUGUGGUACGGGUUUUGCGUCUUCUUUAUUUGCGCCCUCCUUCAAGCACGCAAUCGGUAUCGAUCCUUCCGAUAGUAUGCUUCAAACAGCAAGAUCAACUAAUACUCAGAAAAAUCUCAGUUUUGUGAAGAGUUUCGGAGAAGAUGUAGAUAAGGUCGUUAGCCAUGAAGUAGACAUGGUGAUUGGCGCUGAAAGUAUUCACUGGUGCGACCUCGACAUUUUGUUCGAGAAAAUUAAUACCGUUCUUAGGAAAGACGGCACUUUCGCCUUUUGGUUCUAUAUUCAACCAGAAUUCAUUGACUUGGGUAAAAAGGCAAGUGAAAUUUAUUGGAAAUAUUGUUAUAGUGAGGAAUAUAUGGGACAGUAUUUGACGGACUUCCAGAGAACGUUUUUUAGUAGAUUCGGAGGUAAAGCACUUUAUUAUAAAUUGUCAAAUGUUUUCAAAGAUAUAAGUUUCAAAUCUCAUUGCAAUUACACUAUAAAUGAUGAAAUUAAAGAGUUGCAAAAAAUUACAAAUGAAGAUUUAUCGUUUAAGUCCCCCUUCUACAUCCAUACAAUUACCACUUUAACAAAAUUAAAAGAUUUCGCAAGAAGCUGGAGUAUAUACACUGCUUACAGACAGGAACAUCCAAAUGACGAAAAAGAUAUAGUUGAUGUAUUCAUCAAUGAAUUGAAAAAUGCCUGUAAUAUCACCGAUAUGGAAACACCGCUUAAUAUUGAAUGGACAACCUUCUAUUAUACAUGUCGUAAGCAAUGA